AAGGUUGGCCCAGUCCGAUUACGUAGUGUCGGGACAUCCGUAGCGCGACCAGGCCAUCGACUCUUACCACGCAUCUGGAUCAAGGCUUGAUCUCUUCUCGCUGCCUUGCGCAUUUCUGCCUCCUACUUAUUUACUAUUCGCAAGGACUCUUCCCCUAUACCGACUCUUCGACCUCUCUUUACUAAGACCUACCCUCUUUCAUCCGUCAACCACCACUACCCCCGCACAUCAUGAAUGUAAGAACAGCGGUGUCGUGCGACAAUGCGGCGCGCCCAUGAUGGCUAAUUCGCUCACGAUAUAGAUCCUCGAAUGGGCAUUCGGAAAGCGCAUGACGCCCGCGGAGCGUCUACGCAAGAACCAGCGCAUGCUAGAUAAGGCCAUCCGUGAACUUGAUCAGAUGCGCGUCAAGCUGGAGAAGCAAGAGAAGACCCUUAUUCAACAAAUCAAAACGAGCGCCAAGAAUGGACAGAUGGGAGCUUGCAAGAUUCAGGCCAAGGAUUUGGUCCGCACGAGACGAUACGUCGAAAAGUUUUACAGCAUGCGCAGUCAAUUACAAAAGAUUUCGCUUCGCCUUCAGACAUACAGAACGAACGAACAAAUGAUGCAGGCUAUGAAGGGCGCUACCAUGGCAUUGGGAAGCAUGAAUAAAUCGAUGAAUCUUCCCCAGCUUCAACGAAUCGCCAUGGAGUUUGAACGCGAAAACGAUAUCAUGGACCAACGACAAGAGAUGAUGGACGAUGCCAUUGAUGAUGCUAUGGAUGUGGGAAUCGAAGAAGAAGGCGAUGAGGUGGUAGAGCAAGUCUUGGAAGAGAUUGGUGUGGACUUUAACCAGGCACUCGGUGAAACACCUACCGCUCUGGGAACUGCGGCGGUACCUGAGGGUAAGAUCGCUCAGGCGGUUGGUGGCGGAGGCGGCGGCGGCGGCGGUGGUGACCCUGUUGACGACGACCUGCAAGCAAGACUGGAUAGUCUGCGAAAAUAGACGAACUGACAGGGCUUCCUUGAAGCCUCAGGAGUUUUGUUUCAGUGAUAACCGCCAUAUCAGUUUAAAUGAGGGUACGCUACCAUUAUUCGGACCCUUCAGCCCACAGAAGAUGGCCAUAUGUCCGAUGUCAUGAUCGAUCUUUGGCCAUAGGAAGAAGGAAGGGAGCUUCAUGGUACUAUGUUUGUUCCGGUGCAUUGGUGUCUGGAGAAUUGUCUUACAAAUCAUCAGCUUUGCAGUUUUUCUGUGCUUUAUAGAAAACAAUACUCGCUGCUUGUCAGGCCUGUUGAAAACGUGGGCAACGCUUGACCAACUUGUCAGUCGAUUUGCGUCUACUUCAGUUUGUGUUGAUAUACUCGCACUAUUAUAAAUAUCCUCAAUUUGGAUGAUGGGUAAAGUAGAAUCUAUUGGAUCACACAAAACGGUAUCAUUUGCAAUAAACAGGCAACCUAUCUGAGUAUGGCUUUGACGGCAGUCCCAGACCUCCAC